CUGCAUUUUAGACACAGAAAUCAAUUUGUUUAGGGCCUUGAAGGAAAAAUAAUCACCAAAAUAAUUUUAGAGAUAAAAGGUGGCAUCCUGUUAAUUUGAACAAAACUUCUGAUUAAACCUGCAGCAGCUGAGAGGCCAGAAAUUCUCUGUAUGGGCCAGGAAGGUGAAGGUGCUGCAAGGGAGGAAGGGCAGAGGCACGAGUUACCUGGGCUCAGUGACACUGGAUGGGGAGCUGAUGCUGAGUACCAAAUUCCCAGAGGUUGCUUUCCCUGGUGUCCAUACCACUGCCAUGGGUGCAAAGUGUGGGAAGCCUGUGUUAGGAGAGAGGGGGCAGAAGUCAUGGUUGCCUUUGUGAUCCUGAUUCUGUGUGUCAUGGGCACAAAGUACAGCUCCAGCACUGUUGGACAUUGCAGGGACAACACACAGAGCAGCUCGUUUUGCCUUUUCUUCUCUGUGGCAGAACAGCCUGUGCUUUGGGUCUGCCCCAUCCCAGGUACGUUUGCUUUAACCCUGUGGAGCAGCUCUCAGGCCUCUCCUUUGUUGAAUUUGGGAAUUGCAGGUCUGUACCUGUAGGAGUGAGGCAGCAGGAGCUGUGGCAUGCUCAGGAGAGCGGGACCGUCCCUGCGUCACUUCUGGCUGGAGAGGAACAGCGGUGCUGGACAUAGCUCCUGCUCCAGAGAGGCAAAAAUGUCAAAGCCAGUGCAAGCUCGGAGGCUGGAGGGAAUAGAUAAAAAUAUCUGGGUGGAGUUUGUAAAACUGGCUACUACCUACUCCAAGGUGAACCUGGGCCAGGGCUUCCCUGACUUCCCUGCACCAGACUUUCUGACAGAGGCACUGGCGAGAGCCCUCGGCGGGGGGAACCACAUGCUGCACCAGUACACCCGUGCCUUCGGCCACCCACCUCUGGUGAAGGUCCUAGCCCAGUUCUUUGAGAAGCUGCUUGGACGAGACCUGGAUCCUAUGACCAAUGUGAUGGUGACUGUGGGGGCAUACCAAGCCCUGUUCUGCUGCUUCCAGGCUUUAGUGGAUGAAGGUGAUGAGGUGAUAAUCAUUGAACCCUUCUUCGACUGCUAUGAGUCCAUGGUGAAAAUGGCUGGUGGGACACCUGUGUUUGUUCCUCUGAGACAGAAUCCUCCAAAAGAUGGAAAAUUGAUGUCUAGUGCAGACUGGCAGCUGGACCCAGCUGAACUGGCUUCUAAAUUCAGUGAGCGGACUAAAGCCAUCGUCCUGAACUCACCCAACAACCCUCUGGGCAAGGUGUUCAGCCGCGGGGAGCUGGGGCUGAUUGCAGAGCUGUGUGUGAAGCACGACGUGCUGUGCAUCAGCGACGAGGUGUACGAGUGGCUGGUCUACGACGGGAAGCAGCACAUCCGCAUCGCCAGCUUGCAGGGGAUGUGGGACCGCACGGUGACCAUUGGGAGUGCUGGGAAGACCUUCAGUGCCACUGGAUGGAAGGUGGGCUGGGUUGUGGGACCCGACAGGCUGCUGCAGCACCUCCGUACUGUGCACCAGAACUCAGUGUACCACUGUGCUACUGUUGCCCAGGAGGCCGUGGCUCAGGGUUUCCAGAGGGAGCUCACACUCUAUGGAAAACCAGAGAGUUACUUUGUCCAGCUGCCCAAGGAGCUGCAGCGAAAGAGAGACUGGCUGAUUCAGAGCCUGGAUGAUGUGGGGAUGAAGCCCAUCAUCCCUGAGGGUACCUACUUCCUGGUGGCAGACAUCUCCCAGUUCAAAUCUGAUGUCCCUGAUGUCCCCAACUCAGAUGAGCCCUACGACUACAGAUUUACAAAGUGGAUGGUCAAGAACAAGGGGCUUGCUGCCAUCCCACUCUCUGCUUUCUACAGCGAGGCCCACAAGAACAACUACACCAAUUUCAUCCGGUUCUGCUUUGCAAAGGAGGAAGCUACACUGAAGGCAGCAAAUGACAUAUUGCAAAAAUGGAAACAGGAGAAAACCAGCUCCUAAAUACACUGAGAUAACCAGGCUCUCCUUGGUCCUCAUCUGUCCUGACUGCUCUUCUUCACUUGUCUACAAAUUUUGAUAUAUUCUUACUUCAAUGCUUUCAACAACAUUUUCUGUCAGACAAAUGGUUAAGUUUUCCAGGCCCAGGACCUGGGGGAUAUUUUCAGUCACUGUGAAAUGAUUUCAAGAAGUGAGAUUUUGUGUGCACUGACAGUAUUUGACGUUUCUUACAUGUAAAAACUUUGCUAAUCGGUUCUGGGAUACAUCCAGGUGGGGAUGGCUCCUGGGAUCUAUCUCACCACCAAAUUCUGAGAAGGUGUUUCAGGACCUACCUUUAAGGCCAUGCUGGAGGGUUAGUGUGGCUUGUCUUGCUCCACAUCCCCACUCAGGGCACCCAUUUCCACUGGCACUCACAUUCCCACAGGACUAGCCAGUAUCACCAGCCAUCAGUAAGGUGACUCCUGUGAUCCUGACAAUGACAAACCCAGUGAAAUGAUCAUACACUAUUUUCCCAGUAUUUUUUUUCUGUGCAUUUCUGGGGAAGAUAACCACACAAUUGGUUUCCCCCCAGGAAACAGGCUUUCACCAGUAGCCUGGCUAUUGUCAAACCUUCCAAAUUACUCCUGGCACUUUCUCAGGGUUUGGCAGCAUCAUCCAGGCUGCAGAGCAAAACCUUCUCUGGGCUUUGACAAAUGCAUACAGUGGCAGGGGAGACUGGGCACCAUGGCCUUGGCUGCUCCUACUGCUGGUGGGGUAACAUGAGCAAUUCUGGAGAGGUAAUUCUUGCAUCAGCAUUGAUUUCAGCAUGGAUAAGAGUGUAAAACAUCAUCAUCAACCACAGAGGAGAUGUGUGCAACAGACUGUGCAAUGAGUGUUUGCAGCAGUUAAAUUAUUAAAGUGGAAUUACUGCA